AUGGCAGGCCCUCUAGGCACCCCAAAUGCCCAAUUUUCUGCCUCGCCCUACAUGCAUCCUUUCCGCCCUGCCUCUUCCAUGAGUGCAAACCGCUUCGACGAAGGCUACUCCGAGGAUACCAGGAGUCAGAAUGAGGGCGAUAUGGUUAUGCGCAGCGACGUGCCGCUGACCGACGGCGUCAUGGAAGCUGACUCGCCCUUCGUCCUGCCCGACUGGGUCAUGGCUCUGAGCGAGAACGAGCGAAGUGAAUUUGCUUAUGCCAUUCUUCGCUCGCUGCGGACUUCCUCGAUCGCCGGCAUCGUCGAAAAGCUUAACCCCCUCCUCCACCUCGACCCUGUAAUAUACCUCCCGCCCGAAAUCACAUUCCAAAUACUCUCAUAUCUAAACCCCGAGACGCUGUUACGCGCGUCGACACUAUCUCGGGCAUGGAGGGAACGAGUGCUGGAUAGCCCCCUGUGGAAGCUGCUGUUCAGAUUGGAGGGCUGGAACUCCAACUUCCCCCAAGUCCGCGCAUACGAAGAGGCCCAAAGACAAAAACGCGUAGAGUUCAAGGAGAAGGAGCGAAAGACGCGACAUAGAGCCGCCGAGGAUACCGACUACGGCAAGCCAUCCCACAAGAAGCGCGUACGGGAACGACAGUUGUUCGGCGAUGGAACCACCUUGGAGAAUGGCGCACAGAUUACAGCAGGGUCGAGCUCUACCAGCAAUGCCUGGGGUGAGCAGCAUGGAGCAGUCGAGGCCGACGACAGUCCGUCUGUCAAGUCUGAGGAUAAAAUGGAGGGCAUCUCCUUCCAUGGCGCAUCCCCUACAGCCUCGCCUACUGAUGUGGCACGUAAAGAAAGAAGACAGGACGCCUCUUUUGGAGAGACGUCUUCGGCAACCGUGUCAGCAGACACGAAGGGACCCCCCAUACACCCAUCACUCCUGCUCCCCGGUCCGGAAGCUAGGAUCAAUUGGCAAUAUCUCUACAAGCAGAAGAGGAGGUUAGAGGAAAAUUGGAGCACCGGGCGGUAUUCCAACUUCCAGCUACCACACCCUAACCAUUCAGAGGAAGCUCAUACUGAAUGCGUGUAUACCAUACAGUAUUCUGGGAAGUACCUGGUUAGCGGCAGUCGAGAUAAAAGCAUCAGGAUCUGGAAUUUGGACACUCUCCGCCUAGUGCAUCCACCGCUUACUGGUCACCAAGCCUCUGUCCUAUGUUUACAAUUCGACGAGCGCCCUGAGCAAGAUAUUGUCGUGUCUGGAGGUAGCGAUUGCAAAGUCAUUCUGUGGAAGUUCUCCACUGGGCGAAUCAUCAAGGAAAUUGAGAGGGCGCAUUCCGAGUCGGUUCUGAACCUAAGGUUCGACGAUCGUUACCUUGUCACUUGCUCGAAAGAUAAAACGAUCAAGGUGUGGAACCGCAAAGAGAUGAUGCCAACGGAUGACACCUACCCAUCUUCUACCAUGAAGUCGGGCGCUCGAUUCCCUUCCUAUAUCAUCAACAUGCAAGAACAUGUCGAGAACCAGCACCUUCAUUUCAAACCUCUCCUUCCAUACAGCCUCAUCAUGACUCUGGAAGGCCACGGCGCUGCAGUCAAUGCCAUCCAGAUUCUUGACGGUCAAAUUGUUUCUGCAUCUGGAGACAGGAGCGUCAAAUGCUGGGACGUUCGCACUGGUGCAUGCACGCGGACAUUUUCGGGUCACACCAAGGGUAUUGCUUGUGUCCAGUUCGAUGGACGACGGAUCGUUAGUGGAAGUUCAGACGAGAGCGUCCGCAUCUUUGAUCGCGCAACAGGGGCUGAAGUUGCCUGCUUGAACGGCCACAGCAAUCUUGUGCGCACUGUGCAAGCGCAGUUUGGUGACCUUCCUGGCAAUGAAGAGGAGCUCGAGGCAGAAGCACGGUCCGUUGAUCGAAAUUACUUCGCGGCACAAGCUAGCGGUCUACUCUCUGAGCAAAACCUCACUAGGGCGGAGCGACGCGCACGCAACGCAGGAUCCCGCGACCCAUCUAAGAUAUUUGCUUACGGAGCUAAACUACCACCGGGUGGUGGUGGCAGCAAAUGGGCGCGCAUAGUCUCAGGCUCGUACGACGAGACUGUUAUUAUCUGGAAGAGAGGGCCUGAUGGAACUUGGGAAAAGUCACAAACACUUCUCCAAAACGAUGCUGUCCGAGCUGCUGGCGGCCGACCUCGAAGACCAGUCAAUCAUGCCGCCAACGCGAACCACGCUGCCCAACACCCCAAUCAACAAGCUAAUGCUCAAGCUCCUGCGCAACAAAACAACUUCCAGGCUCUCGCGCAGCAGGCUCAGGCUCAGGCCCAAGCAGCUCAGACACUAGCCCAGCAAGCUCACGCCCUCCAUGCAGCAUCUCAAGCGAUGCAUGGCCCUGCCGCAAACAACGCGACCGCAAACGCAGCGGGUAACAACAACGCAGCAGGAAACAACCAAGCCGCCGCAACAGUAGCAACCGCACAACAAGGCGCUGCAGGCCCAGCUAAUAUCUGCUUCAGGAACGCUGGGCGGGGUGUCGAUGAAGCAUCUGUCACUUGUAACGCUUACAUUCCAAAACUCAGCCCUUAUUUUGGUAUGAUUACUCUCCACGGCAACCGACUACCCGAGCGCAAUCGAAGAGCACAAUCAGAAAGCGGAUGCUAUAGCGGGCGAACCGGAAAGUGCCAGUGGCUGACGCGACAUCAGAUUAUGCAUUACUCAAGGGUAAUGCCUCUAACUGGAGGGCAAAGAUACCACGCAAGCACGAGCGUCUUCUUGAACGAGGUUAUCAAGCUAGCUAUAAGCUUGACUAUGGCAUUACACGAAAUGUCCGGCAAUCUUCCUUCGAAUACAACUGUCCCGACCUUGUUCCGUACCAUGACGACCGCGAUGUUUACAAACGAGAGCUGGAAGCUUGCGAUACCCGCUGUGUUAUACACGAUACAAAACUCUCUUCAAUAUAUUGCUGUCAGCAACUUGGAUGCUGCGACCUUUCAAGUUACCUACCAACUCAAGAUCCUGACGACAGCCAUUUUCAGCGUCUUGAUGCUAGGCCGACGCCUCUCGACACGCCAAUGGCUAUCUCUAUUACUUUUGAUUGUCGGCGUAUCUAUUAUACAAGUACCGCAAGCGACUUCACCUUCAACCACACAAGGCUCAGAAUCACAGUCGUGGACUAAGACGCUGGAGCAACUACACGAUCUGGGCGAGAAUGUUGCGGGGCGGGUAUUGAAGCGAUCUGGCUCAUACGAGGGUAUACACGAGGAUCGCGCAGCUCAGGUACCUCGCAUGAACAGUCGUGUUGGGCUCGUCGCUGUCUUGAUCUCCUGCGCUCUUUCAGGCCUGGCCGGAGUCAUAUUCGAAAAGAUAAUAAAGGAAUCAACGAGCGCAAAGCUGACACCACUCUGGGUGCGCAACUGCCAGCUCUGUUUCUGGUCGCUUUUCCCUUCGCUUUUCCUCGGCGUUAUAUGGAAGGACGGAGAAGUGAUAGCGAAGACUGGAUUCUUUGUCGGCUACAACUGGGUUGUGUGGACGGCCAUUGGUUUUCAAGCGGCUGGUGGUGUUCUCGUUUCGCUGGUCAUCAAAUAUGCUGACAACAUUGCGAAGAACUUUGCGACAUCGAUCUCGAUUUUGAUCAGUUGUAUAGCUAGCGUGUACUUCUUUGACUUCAAGGUGACGCGAUCAUUCUUCCUAGGCACUUGUGUCGUGCUGUUCGCUACUUAUCUCUAUACCAAGCCCGAGCGGGGCACGCAACCAUCACCUGUCAGGAUCGCCGACUUUGAGAAGACCACGGUGGAUCAGUCUUACGAUACGGACCUACAUGUAGGAGUCAUGGGCGACGAGUACUACCCGCCGGGUGACUUCGAGCGGCUCGGCGCUCCCCGUGGCACAUCACAGUACGAAGUCCUUCGACCUCAGUUCAAACAGCCAGGAAGACCAGCUGCACGUCGAGAUCGCUAUCGCGUGACUCAAUACGACAGUCACAGCUAUGACGCGGUCGAGGAUGAUAACGUAUAUGAUCAUGGCCCGCAACUCGAUUCAUUCGAUGAGAGGCUGCUCCAGCAACCGUACCCUAACCGUCAGCGACAAGCUGCACAAGGCAGGACGCGGCUAUCGCUUGCACCAGUUCCGUCCACAUCCUUCAACAAUACAGAGCCUACUCGAUCUCAUCAGCCUCAUCGCGCUCGUGACAAUCGCACAUACGACGACGAAGCCGGGCAUCAUCCGCGUCCUGAGCAAGCUAUGCAGGGUCAAUUGAGUCAUUUCGCCCACAAUGCCACACCCUUUUAUGAAUCAAGUUCCGAUGUACCAAUUGGCCCUUCCUCCAGUCCAGCAUUUAAGGCAAGUCAGCGGCGUGUUGACCAAAUCACCAACAUUACGCCACAACGCAAAUCACAAGCGCGAUUCUUCGAGAAUGAGCGUCAAUACGCUUCCGAAGAAUAUCAGCGACAAUUUCAGCGCCUUUAUAAGCAGGUUGUACGGCCCAGCUUUCAACAACAGCAUGACCAACGCCGACCACCUGCUAUACAACAAAGAGAGGAAGCUAACCUUCAGUAUCAUCAACAAGCUCUUCCGAAGCCACAGCCGAACCCAGUCGAUCUGUCUCAUGCUACUCCCACGUGCCAGGGCAUUCGUCUCGUCCCUGUUACAACUCUACCUGAUCGUCUCCGGACCGUGUUCCCUUAUCCGACCUUUAACGCCGUUCAGUCCAAGUGUUUCGAGAGAGUAUACAAUACCGACGAUAACUUUGUGCUUGCAUCUCCUACAGCAAGCGGCAAAACCGUCAUUCUCGAGCUGGCCGUGUGUCGUGCUGUUGCCAAUAAUGCAACGGGUCAGUACAAGGUGGUUUACCAAGCACCGACGAAGGCUUUGUGCUCCGAACGUCAGCGGGAUUGGGAAGCCAAGUUCACCAAACUCGGCCUCAAGUGUGCCGAGCUGACCGGCGACAGCGAUGUCCGAGAUCUCCGCAAUGUACAGAGUGCUAACAUAAUCAUAACCACACCUGAGAAGUGGGACAGCAUGACUAGGAAAUGGAAAGACCACGAGAAGCUGAUGAGACUCAUUCGGGUGUUUCUCAUCGACGAAGUACACAUACUCAAAGAAGAUCGCGGUGCUACGCUUGAAGCGGUCGUAUCGCGGAUGAAGUCCAUCAGUACAGAUGUUCGCUUCGUAGCUCUAUCGGCGACAGUACCCAACUUCCAUGAUAUCGCCGCAUGGUUGGGGAAGAAUUCGUUCGAGCCAGAUAUCCCGGCCGCCAACGAGAAGUUUGGUGAGGAGUUCCGCCCUGUAAUACUGCAAAAGCAUGUUCGGGGUUACAAUUCAAACUCCUGCAACGAUUUCGGGUUCGAGAGGUUCCUCGAUGCAAAGAUACCCGAGGUCAUUGCUACGUAUUCCAAGCGUAAGCCGAUGAUGGUUUUCUGCGCGACCAGGAAUUCUACCAUCAAUACAGCAAAGCUCAUUGCGAAAUGGUGGGAAUCGACAUCUGGUAGGGAUCGCAUGUGGAGAUCUCCAUCCAGGCCGCCCCUACUCUCCAACAAGGAGCUUCGAGACACUGCGACCUCAGGUGUCGCUUUCCAUCACGCAGGGCUUGAUUUGGAUGAUCGGCUGCAGGUUGAGAAAGGUUUUAUCGCCGGCGAGAUUAACGUGAUCUGCUGCACCUCCACGCUCGCCGUCGGUGUCAACUUACCCUGUCAUCUAGUCAUCAUCAAGAACACUAUGGCUUGGGAUGCGGAAGGCCUUCAUGAGUAUUCGGAUCUAGAGAUGAUGCAGAUGCUUGGCCGUGCGGGACGACCUCAAUACGACGACUCGGCAGUAGCGGUCAUCAUGACUCGACAAGCGAAGGUCCGCCGUUACGAGAUGUUGGUAGCUGGUCAAGAUCUCGUCGAAAGCAAGCUCCACCUCAACCUGGUGGAUCACUUGAACGCCGAAAUCGGGUUGGGGACGAUUAGCGACUUAUUAUCGGCCAGAAAGUGGCUCAGAAGCACGUUUCUCUACGUCCGGCUCCAGAAGAAUCCCAGCUUUUACAAGUUGGAUGGCUCUAGAAGUGGUCAAAGUAUUGAAGAACAGCUCGACGAUAUCUGCUUUCGUGACAUUACUCUCCUGCGCGAGACCAAUCUCGUGUCCGGCCAGGAGUACUUCCGAAGUACAGAGUUUGGUCAGGUUAUGGCACGAUAUUACGUGAACUUCAAUACGAUGAAAGUUUUCAUGGGACUGGAACCAAAGUCGACAGCCUCUGAGAUCCUCUCCGCUAUCGCACAAGCUACCGAGUUCUCUAAGAUACGUUUUCGACAAGGUGAAAAGUCCUUUUACAAGCUCCUAAACAAGUCACCUUCGAUCCGCUGGCCCAUACCCGUCAAUCUUGACCUUCCGGCCCAGAAGGUAUCCCUCAUCAUACAAUCUGUCCUCGGAUCUGCCGACAUUUCAUGGGACGACGAGACGAGCAAACACCGUUCAGAAUACACGACCGAGACGCAGAUCAUCUUCAAAAACACAGGCAGCCUUAUUCGAUGCAUUAUUGACUGUCAGAUCAUCCUAGGAGACUCCUUCAGCAUCCAUAGUGCUCUGAUGCUUGAGAGAAGCUUAGGAGCGAGGAUUUGGGAUGACAGCCCACUACAGAUGAAGCAGAUUGAGAGUAUCGGUGUUGUUGCCGUCAGAAAGCUCGUCAACGCUGGACUGAGAUCUAUGGAGGAUCUUGAAGACUGUGAACCUCACCGAAUCGAAACUCUUGUUGGUCGAAAUCCGCCGUAUGGUCUCACAAUACUUGAUAAGGUCCGAUCAUUCCCAAAGCUUCGCGUGUCGCUCCAUGCGCAACUUUCGACCAUGAUCAAAUCCUACGACGGGGUGAAACUCCAGAUCAAGGCAGACAUUGGCUUUAUCAACGAACAGCCGCCGCAUCGUUUCAACAACAAGCUGAUCUAUGUGUGCCUCUUGGUAGACACCUCGGAUGGUCGCAAGAUACAUUUCGCUCGUAUCAGUGGUCCAAAGCUUGGCUCAGGUCAAAGCAUAACGAUUCCAGCUCUCUUGACAAACCCAGAGCAAUCUAUUAACUGUUACGUUAUGUGUGAUGGCAUAGCUGGCAGUAUGCGUUUUACCACAGUCAAUCCUCAGAUAGACGCCUCCAUGUUUCCCACAUCGAGACUCCAGGAGUCAGACGUCACAAUGUCGCAUCAAUCCAACAUGUCGGAGCGUCGCACUGAUACUGCGAGACCAACUCGGAAGCUGUCGGCCACUAGCGAAGAUUUUGGAGAUUGUGACUUGGACGACGAUGCACUUGUGGGCGCUUCGUUUCAAAAUCUCGAUUUCGACCACAUUGAGAACUAUGCCGACCCUAUCGACACGGUCACACGAAAGAAUACUGCGAAGAACAAAUGGAAUGAGGACAAAAUCAUCGGAAAUAAGAAGAGUAUCACAGGGCCGCUUGCUGCUACUACUGGUGACAACGAUCAAGAGCCAGUACAGUUAGCCAAUGGCAAGUGGGCAUGCAACCACCCAUGCAAAGACAGACUCGCAUGCAAGCACCUUUGUUGCAAGGAUGGCAUGGACAAGCCACCAAAGAAGAAGACUGCUGCCAAACGCGUCCCAUCCGGAGAAGAUCGACCGGAGCCGACGCAGAAAGUCCUGGUUUCAAAACGCAAAGAAACGCAGACUAAGCUUCAGCUUCCAUCAUCCAAGCGAAAGGCUUCCGCGCCGAUUGAAGAGCUCGAUCUUACGCGACAAGAGAAGAAACAAAAGGCUAACUAUGGCAUCAACGGACCAAGACACUAUCGCGGUCUGCACCAGCUGUACAAAACUAUCCAGGGCAAAGAGCUGCCUUCUUCCCUCUAUUCAGUCAUGUACAAGAAACCAGCUUACUGUUAUUCCCAAGGUAGUGAGCAUAGUCUUGACUUUAUGGGUCAUUCUACCGCCGAGCCGCCUCCAACUUCGAGUGACUACGGAGAUAUCCCACUAGAUGAGCCAUCAGCCUACUUCGACGAUCCUCAACAGCGUCAUGCUGAGACCACAGCGCCUGCAAUUUCUUACGGAUCCGAUACGUUUGGCGAUGACAACUCCUUGGUCGAAGAUGCUAUGAUCGGGCUUGCAGAUUCUCAGAACCUGCAGGAACUCCGUAAGAGUGAUUUUGUUACUGUGCAACCUCUGAGGGAAGUUCUCGACGAUGAAGACGGUAUGUGCUACGACGAAGACAACAAUCAUAUGGAUGUCAGCUUGCCAGCUUGUAACGACCGGGAGUAUAGCGCUCUCCCAGAGCCACCCAAUCUUGCCCAUCAUGAUGAACCACACGAAGUACCAAUCAAGAAAUCUCGGUCGCUUUUCGUCGGUAGUACAAGCAGUCCUCAGGCUGAGCUCACCAGCUUCAUACCUACAAAGACACUGGCCGAUAAUCUCGCAAUGCUAAAUCUACAACAACGGACCGCUACACCACACCACCCACAUUCAACUACGGAUGAGCAACUGGCAUAUGCUAAGGAUGAUAUAGCAGAUAUACUUUGCAUGUUCGGCGAUGAGCCGGCCAGGGAUCCGCCUGUCGAGGAGAAACCAGUAUCUGAAGCGUUCGAGGGUCUGGAACCAUGGCUAUUCCAAGAGUUUGGUGAUAUCGUGGAACUUGUUGAUGAAUGA